UAGCACCUGCACGUGUCACCCAGAAAAGGCCCCUGUUCUCCAACACCAACACUCUCUUCUCUUUGAUAACCACCCGCUAUGGAUACCCUGCUCCUCAUUCCGUCAUCCAUGGCGAAGCGACCUUGCCCGUCCCAAAACCCUAGGCCCCCAAACCACCUCAACCUCCCUGACCGCGACCACCUCCUGGAGAGCUUCCUCGACUUCUCCGACUCCCCGCCCUUCGCCAUCGAUCUCUCCUUCGAGCGGAUCCUCGACUCCCGCGACUCCGACGCCGAUCAGACCAAGCUCAUCGAUCGCGCUCUCCAGUUGGGAUCGGUGCUCCUCGAGGCCGGUAAGCGCUCGGCAAGACGGCGAGCCUCCAAGCACAACUCCAUCGCCUGGGCUCUCCCUCCCGACCUCACCAUCAAGGUCUUUUCUAUGCUCGAUACACAAAGCCUAUGCUAUGCUGCAGCUACUUGUUCAAUGUUUAAUAAAUGUGCCAUGGAUCCUUCUUGCUAUGCCAAUAUUGACUUGACAACGGUUGUUCCAAAAGUUAACAAUGCAGUAGUUUCCACAAUGAUUCACCGGGCAGGGAAAGCUCUCCAGUCUCUUAAGCUUGGUGUAGUAGUUCCAGGCCCGACAACGUCACUUGGAUCUUGUCAGCCCUUAGUUUAUACCAUCCGGAACUCUGUAGAUGUAUCUAACUUUUCAUGGAAUGAUAAGAGAUCCAGACAGGGGAAGGAGUCAUCGAUUCUUUCCAGAUCCUGUUUGAGCCCUCUAGGUGGGGACAGUGGUGCUCCAGGGGCUCUUUUGAGAAAAUUGCACCUUUACAAUAUUGAAAGAAUGGAUAAUGCAUCACUUUGUGGUGCAUUAGCGGCCUGUCCAUCUCUCAUUGAUCUGGAAAUUGUUGGCCUUCAUGUGGAACUGAGGCAGACAUUGGUGUCAGUGAGCGCAAACUGUCACUUAAUUGAGCGUUUGUUCUUUGAAUCCUCUAAAUCAGGUAGAGAUGACAGUUUGAAAUCACCAGCCUGCUUUGAGCUUGUGAAUAAUUGCCCUCAUGUAACUUCAUUAUCCCUCAGAGGUUUUAAACUGCAUGAUUAUAAAGUUCGUAUACUUAUUAAGGGAUUUAGAAAACUGAAGUAUGUUGACUUUUCAACAUCUUACUCUAUCACUGGGUCAUUUCUGAGGAACCUUGGAAGCAACACAGGUGGAAAUCUGUUGGAAGUUGUGAUUUUACGGGAUUGCAUGCAUCUGAAAGUGGCGGAAGUUGAUCGGUUGCUGAAUGCAGUUCUGUCUGGGGAUUUCAAGCUCCUUAGACAUCUUGACAUAUCUAAUAGGGAAGGCUUGGCAUCUGAGGGUGACUGGUAUUAUGAAAGAUGCUACAGCUUGAGUGUCAAUCCCUUAAAGCAGGUUUUGGAACAGAGGCCUCAUAUCUGCAUACUAGCCGAGUUUCCAUCUGAAGGAAGUUUUGCCGACAGUGAUCAAAUGUUCGACAGUGAGCCAUAUAGCGAUAUCAGUCUGCCAUCACAGAUGAGCACUCAUACGUCUGAUGGUUCAAUGUUUGUCAGUUUUUCUGAGAGUAGCUACAAUAGUGAUCAUGGUAGUGGCAACGAGGAUGCUCUGGAUGCUAGUUAUGUACUUUAUGAGGAAAGCUCAGAUGAGGUAGAGACUUAUUGAUGGGUAGGAGAACACAUAAGAUUGCAAGGUUUGAAAUCUCUAGCCACAAUAUGGAUCAUGUAGCUCUCCUCUCACCCUCCCACUGUCAUACAUAAGGUUCACGCCACUCAUAUAUCCAUCUGCUUGAUCCAACAGAAUGCUCUUAUGGGGAGGGAACAGCUAUAUGAGAUGCAGCUCAACUGCAGAGGACAUAAUUGACCCGUGAACAGUGGCCGAUUGCCAUCUCAUCAUUUAAGCUUGAUUUAGCUGAACCUCAAGAGUCCCAGUUUUGUAUAUGAAGUCCACUGCUGUACACACUCCUAUCCAUAUAUUUUUUUCCUUUCCAAUCCCUACGCGAUCCUUUUAAUUAUGGGAAUGCUCUCUGCUCCCUUCAGAGUCCUUGUACCAUAUAGAAGAUCCCCUAACCAAUGAUUUUACUUCCAUGUGCCUGUAACAUGAUAUGCACCGUAAAUUCUGUUGGCUGAAACAUUAAUUGUUCUACUUCUUUCCAUCACCCCAUUAAAACAAA